AUGGCGGGAAUUAUUGGCGGUAUGGAACCAUUUGAGGAAUCCAGUGAACAAUGGGCAACGUAUAUUGAGCGUUUUGAGAAUUAUAUCCUGGCUAAUGAGAUCAGGGAUGCUAAGAAGGUGCCGGUUCUAUUGAUUGUGAUAGGGCCAAAGACCUACGGAUUAUUGCGCAGUCUGAUUGCUCCAGAUAAGCCCGGGGAGAAGACGUAUGAUGACAUUACGGUGAGACUUUGUGGUGAUUUCAAAGUCACCCUCAACCAAGCACUCUGUGUGGACAAGUAUCCUAUUCCCCGCAUUGAGGAUCUCUUUGCAUCGCUAGCUGGAGGUCAACACUUCAGUAAACUGGACUUGUCAAACGCAUACCUACAGAUGGAAGUAGUGGAGGAGUCAAGGAAGCUACUGACUAUUUCCACACAAAAAGGACUUUUCUGCUACAACCGCUUGCCCUUCGGUAUUGCGUCGGCACCAGCGUUGUUCCAGAAGGCUAUGGAUCAAGUGCUCGUUGGAUUGCCAUUCACGCACUGUUAUCUCGAUGACAUUCUGGUUUGUGGGCCAGAUGAAGAGACCCACCUGAAAGCCCUGGACGACGUUCUCACGAGACUGGAGGAGUAUGGUCUCCAUGUCAAAAAGGAUAAGUGCAUGUUUUUCCAGGAGUCAGUAGAGUAUCUAGGUAAUGACCUCACAAUCCAACAGGGAUGCCUCAUGUGGGGCACACGAGUGGUAGUGCCGCCCAAGCUACGGCCCCGGGUGCUCAACGAGCUACAUACAGCACACCAAGGGGUAGUGAGGAUGAAAAGCUUGGCACGGUCGUAUGUCUGGUGGCCAGGUAUGGACUCUCAGAUCGAGCUCCAGGCCAAAUCCUGCCACUCAUGCCAGCGUAGUCAGAGAGAACCGAGUCUUGCCCCUCUACAUCCAUGGAUGUGGCCUUCCAGUCCUUGGGAAAGGAUUCACGUAGACUUUGCUGGUCCAUUUGAAGGACACAUGUAUCUUGUGGUAGUAGAUGCUCAUUCUAAAUGGCCCGAGGUGCAAAUCAUGGAUAGCACCACAGCAAGCAAGACCAUCAUGGUACUGAGGGGCCUUUUCAGUCGCCACGGCCUUCCUCACAUUCUCGUAAGUGACAAUGGACCCCAGUUCUGUUCUGAGGAAUUCGCCACAUUCCUGAAAGCCAAUGGAGUCAAGCACAUUCGCUCAGCGCCGUAUCACCCUGCUACGAACGGCCUGGCCGAGCGCUUUGUACAGACUUUCAAACACGCCCUCAAAUCCUCCAGGGGCGCCACACCAGUGCAACAGCGGCUCGACACAUUCCUGUUGACGUAUCGCAACACCCCGCACGCCACGACAAAGGAACCACCGGCUAUGCUGUUCACAAGGCGCAUGCUACGCACGCGACUGGACUUUCUCAAACCCAGUCUGAUGAUGAGAGUCUCUGACAUCGAUAGCUGUUCCGCCGUGCAAGGCUUUGUGGGACCGGUACAGGUUUUGAGGUCGUCUUCCACAGCAGCUUUUUUGAGCUCCAAGAUGCGGGUUAGGGAUGCGAUAGCUCGCACAAGAGACUUCCAUGAGGAGAACCGCUCAAAGCGAUGA